AUGUACCGGCUGCCCGAGUCUAAGAGGAAGCGGUGGGACAAGCAGGCCCCUUCCCGGCAGGACCAAUCAGGAUUACAGUUAGGGAUGUGGUACUGGAAAGAUGAAACCAAAACUCUUGAAUUCAGAAGAAAUGUCAUAGAAGAUUCUGUUUGGCAGCUUCUAAAGCAUUACACUUGUUUUAUAUCUUCAGUAGAACUCAAGGAAAAAGGAAAGAAAGGCAAAGCCGUUCACUUUGCUGAAAUUGAUGGCCCCGCUUCAGAAAGGUUGACAGAUAAAAGGCUCUCUUCAAGAGAGGAUAAGUCAGCGAAAGCCUUAGAGAAACGAGGUCAGCAGGGCAACGUUACACUGGAUGAUGUUAAGUUUGUUGCUUUGCUUUUGCUACAAGAUACUGAGAUGCAGAAGAUCUGUUCUUUUACAACGUUUAUGAGAAAUAAGAAUCUUGACAAUUUCCUCAUGGCAUUAUUGUACUAUUUAUCUCAUUACUUGGAAAAAAACUCGCUGGAAAAGAAGCCCCAAAGCUAUAUGGUGGGCCUUGUAGAGAAAAAAGAGAUGGAGCUGGUUUUAAGUAAGUUAGAAGCAGCACAGAAAUAUUUGGCUCAGAAGUACUGUGUCCUUGUGCUGGGGUUGGGCAUGCCUGAUAAGCAUCACAUGUGCUGUGGAAAGGAGAAAAUGUCAGACACACAAAAAGACUGGAAAUUCUUCGAGUCCUUAUUCACUUUCUGUACAUACGUAGCAUGGAUUGUCUUCCAACGUCAACACUUGACAGAGAUCAAGGAAGAAAUAGGAAGGCUCUUCCGCUCCAAUAUGUUCAAUAUUCCUCGAAGGAAACGGGAGGAUGAAGAAUCAGGAGGGGAGAAGAAACGCAUGACUUUUGUACAAUUCAGGCGAAUGAUGGCAAAACGCCCAGCCAUUAAAAAAGCUGUUAACAUGCGUUCUCCAGUACUGUCUACUCUGCUGCCAUCUCUCAGAGAAAAAGCUCAGAAUAUCGUUGAGAAAAAGUAUCAUCUAGUAGGCAUCAAACUCCCAGGCCGGGUGCAAAAACACAUGCAAAGUCUGGACUCUGUGCCCAUGUCAGUAGUUGGCAUUUUGGGGGAGCCACGAUGUCUGUUCAACCCUCAUACCCUUCUCCCCCUUGAACCAAAAGAAAAUGCAAAAUCAUCUAAAAGACUUCCAUCCCUGGUAGAGAGAAAUAACAUCCAGAUUCAGGACGCACUGGAGUCAUGA